CCAACACUGCCGUCACUAACGAAUUCGGCGUCCACAGCCAGGAAAUUAGCUGCAUUUUUGUUCGUCUUCACCGUAAUAGUUUUCUUUCCACUACUUUAAAGAUGUCGCCGAAAUUCAAGACCAAAAAGAUGGUUGUUAAAAUUCCGCGCCACCCCUACUUCAACGUCCACAGCGAGCACAGCGUGGAGCGGGAGGUGGAGUACCAGGUGCGAAAGUGUCGCGUGAAUUUGGAAAGGCUAAAGUCGACUACGGGCAAUACGGCUCAUCCUUUUCCCCUGAAACCGAAGCCGAAGAGAUGCAUUGUACGGGUGGCCAGGCUGCCGGACGUGGAGCGCAGCGAGAUCUCCGUCACCCCGGCCAGUUCCAUCAUAAACUCUGACAUAGACGAGGGCGCUGUUAGCGAGUAAGAUGAGUUCUAAUCACUCAAGAGAAACCUAAAUGACUGGAAAUAAUCACCUAUAUUCAUAUAUGUAUGUAGUUCUACAGCAGAAGACUUGUGUGUUCUACAAAAGCAUUACCAUUUUUACUAAACCUACGAAACUCUAUGGCUCUAGGGGUUUAUACAUCUAAACAUUAUCCAAUAAAUCACAAUUUGAUGUCAAA